AAAAAAAAAAAAAAGAAAGUCAAGAAAAAGGGUAGGGUUAAUAACAUCGGCAUGUGAACAAGAACCAUCUGCCAGGCCAGAUCCCACUUGGCGCAUGGAAAGGGAACCUCCGAGCUUCAGAGCAAACAAAAGAUGCCGAGGUUCCCAAUCCCAAUAGCGUCCUUGCCGAGCUCUGCGACCGCCCACUUGCUCCCCCAGAUCCACGGCCUUCUUCAACUCUGCUCUCCCCCAGCUUCCCCCCCUCAUACUUAAACUUACUACUGACCUCCUUCAAUUGUUUCAUUCACCUUUUGAUUACUUUCCUCUAUCCUCCGCUCCUUGCUCAACCCCCUAUUAAACGAUCGUGUGUGGAGGCACGUCUGGAAUAAUUAAACUACUCACAUUCUCGCCGUUUGCUGUUUCUUUCCUUUUGUUUUUGUAUAUACCCGUGCAAGAUGUCCGAGCUGCGCUUUGACAACCAAACCGUCGUCGUGACCGGAGCCGGCGGUGGCUUGGGUAAAGCCUAUGCCACCUUCUUUGCUUCGAGAGGCGCAAAUGUCGUUGUGAACGACUUGGGUGGUUCCCACGCCGGUGAGGGGAAGUCUUCAAAGGCUGCCGAUGUGGUCGUGGACGAAAUCCGUGCUGCCGGAGGCAAGGCUGUCGCCAACUAUGACAGCGUAGAGAACGGUGAUGCCAUCAUUGAUACCGCCAUCAAGAACUUCGGCCGCAUUGAUAUCCUCAUCAACAACGCCGGGAUCCUCCGGGAUGUCAGCUUUAAGAACAUGAAGGACCAGGACUGGGACCUCAUUACCAGAGUUCACACCUACGGUGCAUACAAGUGCGCAAGAGCCGCAUGGCCUCAUUUCCGGAAACAGAAGUAUGGUCGUGUCAUCAACACUGCUUCGGCUGCUGGUCUCUUCGGUAACUUUGGCCAGGCUAACUACUCUGCGGCAAAGCUCGGUCAGGUCGGUUUCACCGAGACUCUUGCCAAGGAGGGCGCUAAGUACAACAUCAUUGCCAAUGCUAUUGCACCUAUCGCUGCUAGCCGUAUGACAGCCACCAUGAUGCCCCCAGAUGUCCUGGAGAACCUGAAGCCCGAAUGGGUUGUUCCCUUGGUUGCCGCGUUGGUACACUCCUCUAACACAACCGAGACUGGUGGGAUUUAUGAAGUUGGCGGUGGCCAUGCGGCCAAGCUGCGCUGGGAGCGGGCUAAGGGUGCCCUGCUGAAGACGGACGAUUCCUUGACCCCCGGCGCUAUCGCUCGGAAGUGGAACGAUGUCAACGACUUCUCUAAGCCCAGCUACCCAACUGGCCCCGCCGACUUCAUGGCUCUCUUGGAGGAUGGCUUGAAGACGCCUAGCGCACAGCCAGGCCAGGAGCCUGACUUCAAGGGCAAGGUUGCUCUUGUCACUGGUGGUGGUAAUGGCCUUGGCCGCGCUUACUGUCUGCUGUUUGCUAAGUUGGGAGCCGCUGUGGUGGUCAAUGACCUGGUUGACCCCGAGCCCGUUGUUCAGGAAAUCAAGAAGAUGGGCGGAAAGGCUGUCGGUAACAAGGCUUCUUGCGAGGAUGGUGACGCCGUCGUCAAGUCUGCCAUCGAUGCCUUCGGACGCAUCGAUAUUCUCGUCAACAACGCCGGCAUCCUGCGUGACAAGGCCUUCACUAACAUGAACGAUGACCUGUGGAACCCCGUCAUCAACGUCCAUCUCCGUGGUACCUACAAGGUUACCAAGGCUGCCUGGCCUUACAUGCUGAAGCAAAAGUAUGGCCGUAUCGUCAACACCACAAGCACCAGCGGUAUCUACGGCAACUUCGGACAGGCAAACUACGCCGCGGCGAAACUCGGCAUCCUUGGUAUGUCCCGGACCCUCGCUCUCGAGGGCGCCAAAUACAACAUCAAGGUCAACACCAUUGCUCCCAACGCCGGUACCAACAUGACCCGCACUAUCAUGCCUGAGGAGAUGGUCCAGGCCUUCAAGCCCGACUACGUUGCUCCCCUUGUGGUGCUUCUCUCCUCGGAUAUGGUCCCCGGAUCCGGCACCAAGGGCUUGUACGAGUGCGGCAGCGGUUGGUUCUCUUGCACUCGCUGGCAGCGUUCGGGCGGCCACGGAUUCCCUGUGGACGUGAAGUUGACCCCCGAGGAGGUUGUCAAGAACUGGAAGCAGAUCACCGACUUCGAUGAUGGACGUGCGGACCACCCUGAGGAUAGCCAGGCUGGUGCUGAGAAGGUCAUGGCCAACAUGGGCAACCGUAGCGACGGUGCCUCGGAGGGUGGCAACGACAUCCUGGCCAACAUCGAGAAGGCUAAGCAGGCCACCACGGACGGGACUGCCUUUGACUAUGCCGACCGCGACGUUAUCCUCUACAACCUCAGCUUGGGUGCCAAGCGCACCGACCUGCCGUUCGUGUACGAGAACAACGAACACUUCCAGGCCCUCCCUACCUUCGGUGUGGUCCCUUGGUUCAACACCGCUGUGCCUUACAACAUGGACGACAUUGUCAAGAACUUCUCUCCUAUGAUGUUGCUCCAUGGUGAACAGUACAUGGAAAUCCGCAAAUUCCCAAUCCCCACCGAGGCCAAGACCCUUACUUUCCCCAAGCUCAUUGACGUCGUCGACAAGGGCAAUGCUGCUCUCGUGGUCGCCGGCUUCACCACCAAGGACGCCAAGACGGGAGAGGACCUCUUCUACAACGAAUCUACUGUUUUCAUCCGUGGCAGUGGCGGCUUCGGCGGAUCCCCCAAGCCCACCGCCGCCCGCCCCAAGGGAGCCAUCGCGGCUUACAAGACUCCUCAGCGCAAGCCGGAUGCUGUUGUCGAGGAGAAGACCUCCGAAGACCAGGCUGCCCUGUACCGUCUCAACGGUGACCGCAACCCUCUCCAUAUCGACCCCGACUUCAGCAAGGUGGGCGGCUUCAAGACUCCCAUCCUGCACGGCCUGUGCUCCCUGGGUGUCUCCGGCAAGCACGUGUACAGCAAGUUCGGUGCCUACAAGAACAUCAAGGUGCGCUUCGCUGGCGUUGUGCUGCCCGGUCAGACCCUGAAGACCGAGAUGUGGAAGGAGGGCAACACUGUCCUGUUCCAGACCACGGUUGUGGAGACCGGCAAGCCCGCUAUUAGCGGUGCAGGUGUUGAGCUGUUGGAAGGCGCCAAGGCUAAACUGUAAAUUAUAAUGGAUGAAAGUGCUUCUUGCACGAUGGCAAAAUGAUGGAAUCAAAUUGUGUACAUAGAUUUUACGAUUCUUUUUGCUUCUAACUCAGCAAUCUUAUGUGUUUACUAUUUUUUCAUUAAAUGUCUGCAUCUAUGUGAGGAUGUAAGAGUGAUGAAAAGGGUCAAUGUGAUUGAAAUCGAAUCUUGAAAAA